CUCUCCUCCCUCCCCUGGUCCCCUGACAGUGACAGUCUCUCCUCCCUCCCCUGGUCCUCAGUCAGUGACAGUCUCUCCUCCUUCUUUCCCCAGUCAGUGACAGUCUCUCCUCCCUCCCCUGGUCCCCUGACAGUCUCUCUGGGCAGGGGCCGUGUGACGUCAGCCCAGCUGCACUGGCAGAGAGAUGUGAUGGUGGAUGUGAUGCUGAGCUCUUCUCUCUGCGCUACGAGCUCACACAGGAGCCAUGAUGUUAGCAGCCGAGGAUUGUGCAGGAAAAUAACCAGCUGUGUGCGAGGUGUCUGUUUAUUAUGUCAUUCAGUUUUCGAGAUGUUUCCUGCUGAUUAACCAAUGACCUGAAAGAAGCCAUUCGCUAUGGAUAGCCCACCCAAGCUUGCUGGAGAGACCUUAAUUGUGCAUCACAUCCCACUGGUGCACUGCCAGGUACCAGAUAGACAAUGCUGUCAAAAUGCCAAAAGAUCCCAUGGUUACAGCCAGAAUGAUUUAGGAAUCACCAGAACAAACUCCCUUCCUGAGCGGGAAGUUUCACAGACAGAUUCACUUGUGUAUAGCAGUUUAAUUCAGGCUCCUGAACACCCUGUGAGUGAGAGGGGGACAAAGAAAGAGGAAGACUGGCUAGGACCUAGUACUAGAAAGCGCCAUAACCCGUUCCUGUCUAAUGAGGAAGAGCAGAAGAUCAGUGAAUUAAGUGAAAAAACUGUGGACAAAUCAUUUCACCUUCAUGGUACUUUAAGUGGAUCUAAAGCAGGUUUUCUAUACCAAGAACUAGCAUUACCACCAUUCCAUCUUCAUGAAACACAACCUAUUGUGAAGCCUUGGAUGUUGACUACUAGGUCAGGUCCAGUAGAUGGACAAGAAGAAAAGAAUUUGCCAGAUUUAAUGCAAAAGGGAAAUAAUGGUAACCAAGUUCCAUCAGGUUCAAUUAUUGAGGAGCAUGACUGGCAACAGCAUGCUGCCCCUAGCUUUUCGCUGGACUGGAACCAGAGCUCAGAGCUAGAGAACCAAGAUCUCCUACAAAGCAGAGAUUGUAGCUGUAAUGGAUCAGAUACAUUGGGCCACUGUAGAUGCUACAGUGCAUCUAGCCAAUCAGAAAUGGACCAGCAAGUAAGUUAUGUAAGUGAUUCCUCCUGCAAUAGUUCUGAUGGAAUUCUAGUGAACUUCAGCACUCUGUAUAAUAAAAUGAAUGGACAACCCAGGUCAAAUCUGAAUUCUGGAAGUCUUUCCUGUGACUCAUCAUUCUGUAGCCAUGCAGACACAGGAGCUUUCUAUCUUGAUCUGCAGACGUCACCAACAGAAUCCAAGAUGUCUUGUGAUCAUCAAGACGACUCUGAAAAGCCAUGCAGAUGCCGCAACCAUCAAUCUUCUCCAGUGUUGGAUGCCAACUGCAAUUCAUACAAUCUCAGCUAUGAUGCAGGACAGUGUCCUGCAGAAAGCUCAGAUCUCACAUCUUGCUUUCAGAGCCAAGCCAGGCUUGUGGUGGCAACUCAGAAUUACUACAAAUUGGUCACAUGUGACUUAUCUUCUCAGUCAUCUCCAAGCACUGCAGGUUCUUCUAUUACUAGUUGCUCGGAUGAUCACACAAAGGGAAGUCCAGUACAGCCCACUGAAUAUUUUCUCUUCCAGCAACCACAAUCAAGUACAGAUACAAAUGAUUCUAAAGCUUCCAUAGAGAGGUCAAAAUCAGAUAUCAUUGACGGACAGGUUUACAUUAAUGUAUCACCGCCAAAUUUUAGUGCUGGAAGACAAAGGUCACGUAGUUAUGAUCGCAGCCUAGACAAAAACCCAUCAACUCGAUUGGGUUCACUGGAACGUAUGAUGAGCUGUCCAGUCAAACUUAGUGAAGGUCAAGCAGAGCAAGCCCAGGGAUCCUCUCCUAAGAGAGUAACAUCUUUUAUGGAGCUAGCUAGGAGCCGAAAGAAGAAUGGUUCCAGCCCCCCAAUGAGAACCAGUGGAGAUUCCUCCCUUGAGUUCUCACCAAUUCCAGAGUUGCAGAGGGAUGGUAUUUCAGAGCGGGGAGAAUUUCGCAGUCACAGCCUCCCACCAAUGUCUUUUCUUCAUUGCUUGAGCCGUACCUGUGAGGGCUGUCCAAGUGAAAGUUUGGAUAAUAAAACCGCAAUCUCCAGUAAUGGUUCUGUUACCACCCAUACUUCAGUAACUUCUGAUGGAGGAGCUGAGCAAACUUUACUGUGCAAUAUGGUGGAAUCAGGAAGCACCGGCCUAAGCUUCCUCCACAGGGACCCACGAGUCAAAGAAGAUGGUGUUGGAGCAGAGGCCAAACCUGUUUUUCGGUACAGCAAGGACCAGCGCCCAACCACACUGCCCAUCCAACCCUUUGUUUUCCAGCAUCACUUCAGCAAGCCCAAGACUCGUCCCCUGCACAGUCAUUUUACAUCCAGCUUGUCCCAGCUGUAUGGUUUGUCCAGCAGCCGAUCCUCCAGCCAACAUAAUGUGUUAGACUCUCAGUCUUCAGCUCCAGUCACACUUUGUGGUCAGGCAGAUGGAACUAGUAACCAGGUUAACAAUGUUGCUGGGAAAUUUUCUCUGGAUGGAGUGAUCAGCAACAAUGAGAAUCAGAAUAAAAAAUCAGCCUCAGAAACAACUCGCCCAUCUCCUUUGGGAAGUUAUUCUCCAAUCAGAAGCAAUGCCACCUUCUUUCAGAGCACAGACUCAGGCACAUCCACUUCACCUUCACCGGAAAAAGCCAAGGAGACUAAGCCUCCUCGAAGCCAUUCAUGUCCUCUAUCAGCCAACCUUCUCCCUGAUAGGGUACCUCCUGCAAGGGGGACAACCUUACCAGGAGCUGCCAAGCCCACCCGAAAGUAUGAAGUGACACCUAAACUGGAGAUCCAAAGGUCAGCGAUUAAAAGGGAGACAUUAAAGGAACCCAGCACUCAGGUGUCUAAACAUGGACUCCCUCCUAUCACCUCAUUACCGCUUCUUAGCACAACUGUACCUGAGGGCAGCCAGAUGUUACCUCCUAGAAAUGAAACGGAGAAAGGCAAUAGAUGCGCAGCAGAGAAUAUCAACAUGUCACGUCCUGUAAAUGCCAACCACCUCUCCCCCCAAGCACUGAAAUGGAGGGAGUAUAGGCGCAGGAACCCACUAGGGUUGGACCAUGUAAACGGCUUAGCUGGACUGUCUGGCAGUCUGGACAGAAGACAAGAAACGAAGAUUAAUCGCAGGAGCCAUUUCUUCGACUUUCCCAGCAGUAUUCACGGCAACCACCUUCACUUACGAAUUAAUGGAAAGCCAUCUGCUCUCAGCUCGAGUGACUUUUUUCCAGAUUACUUCUCUCUGACGGAGCGCCCACCAGCUGAAUUCUGCCUGUCCCCAGACAGUAGUGCUGAAUCCGUGUCCAUCGACUUUCAGCAGAAAAGAGGGCUGGUCAAAGCUGUGAAUAUCGCAGUUGAUCUUAUUGUGGCUCACUUUGGAACAAGCAGAGAUCCUGGAGUUAAGGCUAAGCUAGGAAACAGCUCUGUUAGUCCAAACAUUGGACACCUGAUCCUGAAAUACUUGUGUCCAGCAGUUAAAGACAUCUUGAGUGAUGGACUGAAACCUUGGGUGCUGGAUGUCAUCAUUGGGCAGAGAAGGAACGUUCCCUGGUCAGUAGUGGAAGCCUCAACACAACUGGGUCCUUCCACCAAACUCCUGCACAGCUUGUGUAGUAAAGUUACUCAGUACCCUGAACUAAGUAAUCACAGUAUGAGAUUCAAUGCUUUCAUCUUUGGUCUUCUCAACAUCCGCUCGGUGGAGUUCUGGUUUAAUCAUCUCUAUAACCAUGAAGACAUUAUCUGGGCUCAUUAUGAGUCUGUUGGCUUCCUGUCAUUGUCGCAUGGUGUAUGCCAGUCCCUUUUUGAAGAACUGUUGCUGCUUCUUCAGCCUCUGUCCCUGCUACCCUUUGACUUGGACCUCCUCUUUGAGCACAAUCUGGUCCAGAUGAGCCAAGAGCAGCAACAGAAGAAGGAAAUGCUUCGAGUUAAGCAGGACUUGCUGCAAUCUGUUCACUCCACUUUACAACUCAUGAGGAACAGAGAGGAGGAAGGGGAAGCAAACCAGAAGAAGAAGUUGGCACAAAAUGCAGCCUCUGAAUCUCUAGAACUUGAGAGACCGACAGGAGAGGGGGCUGCAGCUGCAGAGACUGAUGAUAAGAAAUUAGAAAAUGUAGCAGAGGUAAAAAAAGACAAACAAGCUGGGUGGUGGUACCAACUAAUGCAGAGCUCUCAGGUUUACAUUGAGAGCUCGUCUAAUACAGCCAGAUUCACACGCCAAGAGAGGAGGAGACCAGGAACUAGUGGCACGCCUAAAAAAGCACCACCGCCCCGUGAGGGGGUUGUAGAAGGUGCAGAGGCCUUUUCCACCUCGGAAGGAAAUACAGAAGAAAAAUGCUCCAAAAAGGAUCAUUUGGAAUAUGGGCAGAAGGCUGAAAGGCGGUCAUGGAUGGGCAGUCCUCCUGAGUCAGUGUUAAAUGAACUGAAACAAGGAAAGGAGAAGGAGGCAGUGAACCCACAAAAACAUUCUGUGGCUGCUCCAGAAAAUGCAGGAAAGGAGAACACGGUACCUGCACAGAGCAGCCCAGUUAGAAAAUGGGGUCAUCUCUUUGGGUCCAGACGACAACAGGGUGAAGGCAAGCCGGUGAAUAGGCUCCCUUCAGGCUGGCUGAGUCUGGAUAAGUCUGUACUUCACAUGGUGGCUCAGACGGUGAGCGCUGGAAUUUGGGGAGAUUCUGCUUCUGAGAGGGAGGAAGCAGAGACUGAAGCAGAAACAGCACCAAGCUCACCAUGCACUGAGAAUCCUCGACAAGUUACAGACUACUGUCAUCGCAGUGAUUCAGGUCAGCACAACUUCAGCUUUAGCCAGUCUGACCAGCAGCGAUUUGGUCUUGGAAGUGGAGGUCGGCUAAUGCCCCUUAAAUUUGUUCCUCAUAAUAACCAUGCAGACUCUUAACAUGGACUGACACAGUCAAGAGUACAACUGUUGCAGACUGGGUUCAUUGUGAUGGCGGCAUGAGGAACACGCCAAGUCUUUUUCUGGUUCUUCAGUAGAAUGGAGCUGCUGACCCAUCAAUGGUUCUUUUUUCCUCUGAGAGGCAACAGGAGUCAUUACUAACUCAACAGAUGUGGGUUAAAUAGUGUUAAUACAGUAUUCUUUCUUCCUGCGCCCAUACCAACGUGCACGUGUGCUAGCCGUGAUAUUGACGUGAACUGUGCAUGCAGAUCGUAGGAGAAACUGUUAAUUUUCCCACUCCUUACCUUCCUCUUCCCUAUCCCUUUUUUCCCUAUCGCUCUAGCACCUUAAACAAUGAGCAGCACUUAAUAGGCCUUCCAAAGUCAUUUUAGGACAAACUGAGCUAAAAUCCACUAAAAUCAGCCGCUUAAAGAACUUGCAGUCAUGUAAUGUAAUUCAUUACAUAAUUUACAAGUUGAUACAGUGUGAGAUGAUGCAAGAAUACAUGAGAACACAUGCAACACUGUCAUGCUUUCAAUACCUAGUGAAGUUACCAAGUAGUAUUUUAUGUAAAAGCAAUGGGGAAUCUAUAGUGCAGACAAUACUUGUUGGUGAGCUGUUUAUUUAAAAAAACUAACUGUGACUGAACUUGGUUACAUCGUCAUUGCAAGUAAUUAGGUUCGGAGAAUAGAACGCUCAGUACAAAAAAUGUUAUAUAUAUAUAUAUAUAUAUAUAUAUAUAUAUGUGUGAUAUAUUUCACAUAGACACAAUUGUUCCUUUUGUGUAUUUAAAAAGAUCAUUAUUCAGUUCCAAGGACAAACUGAACGGGUCAUAAAUAGCUAUAUGCUCCAUAAAUAGGUAUAAGCAUUUGAAUGGGUCUGGAGAGGGAGUGCUGGCAAUGCCAUAGUCCUGUAGGUACACAGGGAUGACUAAUUUGUUUAUGCGCUGGGUGCUUUAAACUGCUGUACAUAUUAUCUAAGAGCUUUGCAUGGGUAUAGUAAAGAGAGCGCUGUACUGCUGGUAUCCUUGACGUAUCCAUAUUGUAUACAAAUGAAAGGAUAAUCAGUUUACUGGGAAAAGUAAGGGCAGCUUUUCCCAUUGUAGAUAUGGAAGUGGAUGUAGUGAAUGCUGCCCCACCUGCUGUCUGCAUCAUAUUGGCCCCUAUGUACAAAAAUACAAUGAAAGCUGCAAUUUGUGAACAAAGAAUGUGCAUAAAACUGAAAAAGUCUAUAAUGAAAGCUCAUUACCCUUUUGCAUUUAACCAUUAUCACCCUAGAAUUAUAUGCACAGCUUUUCUGCCCAUAAAAUAUUGCUGAGUACCUUAAAUGUAAAAUUACAUGUAAGUACUUGCAAUUUGUAUAAUAGCUAUCAAGGUUUAAAUCUAUAAUGUCAAGUAGAGUUUAAUCCCAAGGUUCUAAACUUACUGCCACAUUUAUUUUAAGAAACAUCUGGCAUACUGGAAAAAUAAUUUAUCAAAAAGAUUAGAAAAAUAUGGUGCUGAUGUUUUGGUGGUUAGUCCCAUUACUGAGUUAAUGGCAUGAGGCAACUGCAUCUUACAUAUGCCUCUGGGGAAGGGACUUGGGCUGUAGGACAUCUAUGUAGUGCUGUGAGAGGUGGAUGUCAGUAGCAAGGUCAGAGUCAGGUGCAUGUCAGACUUUGUGUCACAGAUCAUGCAUGGCUUUGGUUAUUGCGGAUAAAUGAACUGAUUACAGUAUGAUCAUGUCAAUAGGAGCGUAAGUGUGACUUUAUGUGGGAUUUCGGCUGCCUUAUUAUUGGUGUUAUAAGGGUGGUUGGCAGUGUGAGUGUGCUUUGGACUUUGAUGCUUGUGAGGCUCCUUGUACUGAACGUCUAUAGAAAAAGUGGAAGACUGUAGCUUGGAUACAAAUCUGAUUCUGAUAUACAGGAGUAAAAUUACAGGGGAAUGCUCAUUCCUGUUAUUAGUGUGGGAGAAGGUUGAGUAUAAAUGUACAAAGAAGUUGUUGGUUAUCAGCAGUUAUCAGCUUUGUGAGUGGUAGUUGGAGCACAAACAUGCAAGUGGCUUAGUGUGCAGUAUCUGUGCCGUGAAGGCUUGCUCAUUAAUGUGUCUCUUGUGUACAGAACAGGAGGACUUCAUCCUGUUAUGUGAGUGGAGGCAGUAGUGGUUUGCUAUUGAGGCAUUGAUAUUUGAUUAACUAGAACUCAAAUAGUUGCACCUAUUGUUAUGAUAAAAGGAAGGCGCUGCAUGGCUUCAAAUGAUUUGGUCAGCUUGUGCUUAGUGAGGGAGGUAAGCUGUGGGGCUUGUUUAUGGCUCACGUUGGGGAAGGUUGGCUUUAGAACUUGUGCAUGGCUCCAAGUGAGGGAGUUUGGAUGGAGUACUUGUGUAUGGCUCCAUGUAAGGGAGGUCAGCAGCGGAGCUUGUGUAUGACUCUGAAUGAGGGAGAUGGGCUGUAAGGCUUCUGCUUGAUUCUAAGCAAGGGAAGUUGGUUUUACAUCUUGUGUAUGUCUUCAAGUGAGUACAUUUGGCUGCAGUACUAGUGCAUGGCACUAUGUGAGAGAGAUCGGCUGUGGGGCUUAUGUAUGGUUAUGUGGGGUUUUUGCAUUGCUGUAAAUAAGGGCUUGUGCAUGGCUUCCUUUGAUGGAGUUUGACUCUGGGUCUUGUGUAUGAUUCCAAGUGAGGAAUUUGGCUGUGUGGUUUGUGUACGGCCCCAAGUGAGGGUUGUUGACUGUCUGGCUUGUGUUUGGCUCCAGAUGAAGUAGGUUAGGUGUAAUGCUUGCGUAAGGCUUUAAGAGAGGGAGGUCAGCUAUGGAGCUUGAGUAUACCUCCAAGUAAGAUAAGUUGGUUGUGGGGUAUGUGCAUAGCUCCAUGUAAGGGAAGAUGGCUGUAAGGCUUAUGUAUGGGUUCAGUUGAGGGAGGAUGGCUGUUGGGUUUGUGCAUGGCUCCAAGUGAAGGAGGCUGACUGUGGAUUGUGCCUACAGUUCCAAGUGAUGGAAGUUGGCUGUUUGUGCAUGGCUUCAAUUGAGGGGAGUUAGCCUUAAGGAUGGCUGUUGGUCUUGUGUUUGGCUCAGAGUCAGGGAGGUUGGCUGUGGGGCUUGCAUAAAGCUCCAUGUGAGGAAGAUUUGCUGUUAGGCUUGUGCAUGGCCAGCCAUGAGGCUUGUGCACGGCUCAAAGUCAUGGAGGUUAGCUGGGGGGCUUGUGUACUGCUCCAAGUGAGGGAGUUUGGCUGUGGGGCUUGUGCAUGGCUCUACAUAAGGGAAGUUGGCAGAUGAGCUAGUGAAUGGCUUUACGUGAGAGAGGUUGGCUGUGGGACUUGUAUACUGCUCCAAGUGAAGAAGUUUGGCUGUGGGGCUUGUGCAUGGCUCCAAGUAAGGGAUGUUGGCCAUGGAGAUUAUGUAUAGCAGCAAUUAAGGGAAAUUGUCAGAGGGGCUUGUGAAUGGCAUCAAGUGAGGGCAGUUGGCUGUGGGGCUUGUGUACUGUUCCAAGUGAGGGAGUUUGGCUGUGGGGCUUGUGCAUGGCUCUACGUAAGGAUAGUUGGCAGUGGAGCUUGUGAAUGGCUAUACAUGAGAUAGGUUGGCUGUCAGGUUUGUGUACAGCUCCAUGGAGAGAGGUUGGCUGUAAAGGCUUGUGUACAGCUUCAAAUGAGGGAGGUUGGCUGUGAGGCUUACAUAAUGCUCUAAGGGGUGGGGGUAGCUGUUAGACUUGUGCUUGGCUUCAAGUGAGGAGGGUAGGCUGUUGGGCUCCAGUUGAGGGAUGUCAAGUAAGGGGGGAGUUGGCUGUUGUGUACGGCUCCAUGCAAGGAAUGUUAGCUGUUGGGGCUUGUGUAUGGAUCCUAGCAAGAGAGGUUUCUUGUGGAGCUUGUGCAUGGCACCAAGUAAGAUAGGGUGACUGUCAGGGUUGUGUAAGAAUCCAAUUGAGGCAGGUGGGCUACAAGGCUUGUGUACAGCUCCAAGUGAGGGAGGUAGACUGUUGGGCUUGUGCAUAGAUCCUAGUUAGGGAGAUUGGCAAUGGGGCUUGUGUACAACUCCAGUUGAGGGAGGUCAGGCAAGGGAGGUUGGCAUUGAGUUUGUAUAUUGCCCCUCGUAGAGAGGUUGGCUCUCAUGAUUUUGUGUGACUCAAAGUGAGUGAGGUUGUCUGUUGAGCUUGUGCAUGGCACCAAGUGGGGGAGUCUGGCAGUGAGGUUUGUGUAUGGCCUCAACUGAGUGAGGAUAACUGUUCCACUUAUGCAUGGCUCCAGGUGGCAGAGGUGAGUGUUGUGCUUGGCUACAUGCAAUAGCAAACUUGAGACAUUCUUUAAUAUAUGAGAGGCAAGCUUGAAGCUUUGAUUCAUGCAAGAGAAAGUCUUAGAUAUAUAAAAAGGCAUACUUAUAGCUAGGGUGUGUACACAAUACAUGCUUAGAUAUAUAAGAUGCAAGCUUGUAGCGAUGAUGUGUGCAAGAGACAGGCUUAGAUAAAUGAGAGGCAAGCUUGUAGCUAUGAUGUGUGCAAGAGACGGACAUAGAUGUAUGAGAGGCAAGCUUGUAGCUAUGAUGUGUGCAAGAGACAGGCUUAGAUACAUGACAGGCAAGCUUGUAGCUAUGAUGUGUGCAAGAGACAGGCUUAGAUACAUGAGAGGCAAGCUUGUAGCUAUGAUGUGUGCAAGAGACAGGCUUAGAUACAUGAGAGGCAAACUUAUAGCUAGGGUGUGUACACAAUACAUGCUUAGAUAUAUAAGAUGCAAGCUUGUAGCGAUGAUGUGUGCAAGAGACAGGUUCAGAUAAAUGAGAGGCAAGCUUGUAGCUAUGAUGUGUGCAAGAGACGGACGUAGAUGUAUGAGAGCCAAGUCUGUAGCUCUGAUGUGUGUGUGGCAAGCUUAUGCCUUUUAAAAGUGUGAAUGCAAAUGUAUGGCUCUGAUCUGAGAGAGGCAACUGUGGGGUCUUGAUAUGUGUUAAAGGCAUCCUGAGUGUGACUGAGGAGUGCAAGAGGCUUUUAAGACUGUAGGAGGUGGAUGCCUGUAAAUCAUAGAUAUAAACUGCCAGGCAAUGUGCAAAGCUUUGAUGUUUGAAAGAGAUAGGAGCAGGGAAUGGCAUGAUGAGAGUGGGACUAGAGAAGAUGCAGUAAUAGCAACAAUAUAUGCUAUUAGAUAGAUUUCAGGUUAUUUCUGUCUGUAUGAAAUGACCCAUUUAAAUAGAAAUGGAAAAAUGACUGUUGGUACAAGUAUCACAUAGACAAUUAGUGAAAGCAAUUACUAACCUGAGUGACAGGAAGCUUCCAACUAAACCUUGACACAGUAUUGAAGUAAUGAUAUGGGCAGAAAAGGUACAUUUAUUUCAUGCUCUAAGCAAAGCUCUUUGGAGAAUGUCACAAUAGAACUGAAGUACUUUCAUAAAUUUGGAUUCCUUAUACUAUAUCUUAGACUUUGUCAUUUGCAUCUCACCUUACCAGUCACUCAGUUUUCCAACAAUCAGUUUAACACCUACAGACCUCAGUGUCUUCUAUUUAGUACCCUGUACAUAAACCUUUCCCCCACAGUAACAUUCACCCACACAAAGUAGCAACAAAUAUCACAAUAAUGUAUCAAGUGGAAAGCUUACUAGUCCUUAUUUAUUAAUUGUCUAUUCCAGGUUUUCUUGGCCAGGACUAGUGAAAUUUUUGAGUUCUGCACUCAUCACUUUCUCAUCUUACCAAUUGUAUUCAUUGUUCACACCCAGAUAUCUUCACUUAAAAACGUAAUAACCCAUAACAACCAUUUAAAUCUGGAGAUUUUUUGGAAUCCCCUGAUGCUUGCAAUAACUUACACUCAGUCCAACCUCAAUUUUACUUAGUCUCUGACUGCCCUCACACAUUUCUACCUAGAGUCCAAAUUUCUUAGGUAAGAACUUCCUUUCAACCUCACCAACUGCUUUUAGUGGAUCUUGAAUCUACCCAUCUCCCUUGAGUGAACCACUCGCAUCAACAAAUUAUUCCACUUUACAUUUUACAAAAUGUUUCAUUAACACUAUAAUUUUACAUUUGAGAAUGUAUGUAUUGCUUUCAUGUAACCAUAAAAAUGCUUUGGUCAAAAGGGGAUAUAUAUAUAUAUAUAUAUAUAUAUAUAUAUAUAUAUAUAUAUAUAUAUAUAUAUAUAUAUACAUACAUACAAGAUAACAGUAAUUACUACAAACUAUAGCACUAAAACCAAUAUUAUUUUUAGCUGCUACGACGACACAAAUUUCCUAUCCUAUUAUAUUUCCUACUUCCUCUUGACCAUUCCAGAAAAGGCAACUGGCCCUAACUUUGCUAUCUGGGAUUCCCCAACCUCAGGCAGUGAGAGUUAAUCUGCAAAUCUCCUGGCGUAUGUACAUCUGCUCUUGCCGAAAAUAACCCUUGACUAUUACGUCUGCGCCUGUUCUAUUUGUGUAUUCUGCCAUAUAUAAAUAUAUAUAUUUAUUGGUUUGUUUAUUUAUUACGCAUAUUAAUAAAAAAGGUGCUGAUUAGAA